AUGAAAUUGCCAUCGUGGCGACGCGUGCUCGUCUCCCUCGCCCUUGGAUAUGCAGCCCUGAACCUGUUGUCCUUAUUCUACAACUUAUACACGAUCCCCUAUGCGAGACGUGUCUUUACGAAGAAGGAUCUCUUCGAAGGGCCACUGUUACGGAAAUACAAUAUUCCAGAAGGGAAGGGAGUUAAGACCGUGUUCGGCGUCUAUGUUGUGAAUGCACAAGCAGCUUUCGACCAGCCCAUCGGCAAACCCAUUUUGAAGCCGUUCAACGCCUCCUCGCCGCUCCCCAAGUUUUCUGGGGACUUUUUGAAGAACCUCGUAUCAACCGCUCGAAAAGUGGCUGAGAAAACCGGAGGGUUCCCGUAUGUCACCCUAAUCAAUUCGGCAUACCGGGAUCUGACGCUGAAUUGGAUGUGCAAUGUGGCUGGGAUGAAUAAAACCUUGGACCGCACGAUCAUCAUCUCCACCAGCGCCCUAACUUGCAAAAAAAUCAAACACGACUGGAAACAGGUAUCAUGCCUACACCUAAAAUUGGGCGAUGAAUACGAGGGCGCCUUCGAAUGGGGUCUACAGCAAUAUAUAAAUCUGCUAACGAUCCGAGCCCAGAUUUUAAGGCAGCUCGUUCAGGACGGCAUCACUUUUCUACUAUUCGAAACGGACGCCGUUUGGUUUAAAGACCCCGCUCAAUUUUUUGCGAGUCAAAAUUCUAUUGAAGAUGCCGAUAUUAUUGUGCCAACGAAGGGAUAUACACAUCGGGGCGAAACUUACGCCUUCGACCCGAUGCUCGUCUACCCGACCUCUGGAAGUCAGGCCCUUUUCAAGGAGAUGGAACGCCGGCUUGUGGCUAACCGGAAAUUGUAUGAUCAGUAUCUACUCGAAGAAAUGUGCAAAUCACAAUUCAACGGCGUAAUCUGCCGUCAAUUCGCCUGGGAAGAAGUGGCCGACGGAAAGUGGUUCAAAAUGUCGACAAACGAACGCCUACGCUACAAUCCUUACAUCGUCAAUAACAACUACUACAUGGCCCGCCAGGCUAUCAACGGCCUGUGGUUUUUGACAAAAAUGAAGAACUGCGUCAGCCUCAAGAAUUGCUGCUACCGGUUGAUCAUUUUACGGCCACAGUCGGCCCCGGACACAUUCCGCUACGCUCCCCUGAACGACGCCACCCCGCGCGCCCACCACUUCGGUUGCCUUGCCGACGAAAAAGCAACCAUUCAAAACAUGACUAAAAUACUUCGUGCCAUAUUGAUUUCGAGAUGCUGUGCGACAAAGCUCUGCCGCACGCCUUCAACUCCACUCGCCCUUCUGGCCAACACCACCCCCUCCACGUCCUUCACAAUUGUGCGAGGGUUACGCACAAAGGGCCAUGAGAACAAGGGCCAGCACGCGGAAAAAGAAGAACAACAUCAAGAAUCCUCGAAUGAGCAAAAGGACUCUGAUGACAAGAAGAUGCCGCCACCGCCAUCUCCGGAAAUGAUCAAAAGGCUGCGAAUCUACCUAAUGUCCAUGCUGGCGAUAUCUCUAACGGGAACCAUUUAUCUGGUGACUCGAAAAGUUCGGCUAGAAGCGGAGAAGAAUCCAGAAGUAACCCGAGAUGCCAUAAAUGAUCCUGGGACCUCACUAGAAGAAUUCGUCUUGAAGUACUUGAAGCGCGGCGAGGUUCGCAAGAUCGUCUAUUUGCCUGCCGAACAGAAGGCCGUUGCCGUGCUUCACGAUGGCGCGGUGGUGGACGGACGCUUGGUCGGGAAACAAACUGUAACCAUCAACGCCAAUCAAACGCCUGCCGAAUUCUGGGCGGAAAUAAGACGGGUUGAAGCGUCUAUGGGCAUUCCCCUCCAGCAAGGUGUUGACCUACAGUUGCAGCAAACUUUUAGCACCGGACAAGUACUUCAACUAAUCGCUGGCCUGCUGAUCAUCAUUUUUCUGGGCACCCAAUAUGGACGUCUGAUCGCAAGAAAAGUAGCCGAAAAGAACAAGAAGGCU